GAGCAGGUGGAGCCGCAGCGGGAGCCCGCCCGGCCGUGCGGAGGGAGGCGGCGGCUGGGCCGGGGCCAUGGAGCUGCUAAAGCUGAACCGGAGCGUGCCGGGGGGAUCCGGACCCGGGCCGGGGGCUUCCCUGUGCCGCCCAGGGAGCCUCCUCCAGAAUGGCAGCGGCACCGGCAACCUCACCUGCGAACCACCACGCAUCCGCGGAGCCGGGACACGAGAAUUGGAGCUGGCCAUUAGAGUCACCCUCUAUGCCGUGAUCUUUCUGAUGAGUGUUGGAGGAAAUGUGCUUAUCAUCGUGGUUCUGGGACUGAGCCGUCGCCUGCGGACCGUCACCAACGCCUUCUUGCUCUCACUGGCAGUCAGCGACCUCCUGCUGGCGGUGGCUUGCAUGCCCUUUACCCUCCUGCCCAAUCUCAUGGGCACAUUUAUCUUUGGCACAGUCGUCUGCAAGGCGGUUUCCUACUUCAUGGGGGUGUCUGUGAGUGUGUCCACGCUAAGCCUCGUGGCCAUAGCCCUGGAGCGGUACAGCGCCAUCUGCCGACCACUGCAGGCGCGGGUGUGGCAGACACGCUCCCACGCAGCUCGUGUGAUCGUAGCCACGUGGAUGCUGUCCGGACUCCUCAUGGUGCCCUACCCGGUGUACACUGCCGUGCAGCCAGCAGGGCCUCGUGUGCUGCAGUGCAUGCAUCGCUGGCCCAGUGCACGGGUUCGCCAAACCUGGUCGGUACUGCUGCUCCUGCUUCUGUUUUUCGUACCGGGAGUGGUUAUGGCGGUGGCCUACGGGCUUAUCUCCCGCGAGCUCUACUUAGGGCUUCGCUUUGACGGUGACAGUGACAGCGAAAGCCAGAGCCGGGUCGGAGGCCAAGGAGGGCUGCCAGGUGGGGCCGGACAAGGCCCUGCCCACCCGAACGGGCGUUGCCAGUCGGAGACCCGGCUGGCUGGUGAGGACGGAGAUGGCUGUUACGUGCAGCUUCCGCGCUCCCGGCCUGUACUGGAGCUGUCUGCGCUGACCGCUUCCACGCCUGGGCCAGGAUCCGGUCCCCGGCCCGCCCAGGCCAAGCUGUUGGCUAAGAAGCGCGUGGUGCGGAUGUUACUGGUGAUCGUUGUGCUUUUUUUCCUGUGUUGGUUGCCAGUGUACAGCGCCAAUACGUGGCGCGCCUUCGAUGGCCCCGGUGCACAUCGUGCUCUUUCAGGCGCGCCCAUCUCUUUCAUCCACCUGCUGAGCUACGCCUCUGCCUGUGUCAAUCCCCUUGUCUACUGCUUCAUGCACCGUCGGUUUCGCCAGGCUUGCCUGGAAACGUGCGCCCGCUGCUGCCCUCGGCCUCCACGAGCGCGCCCCAGACCGCUACCGGAAGAGGACCCUCCCACCCCCUCCAUCGCCUCACUAUCCAGACUGAGCUACACCACCAUCAGCACGCUGGGACCUGGCUGAGGCAGGACAGAUGGAUUCCUACGAGCACCGCCCAUCCAGACACGCAAGAGGCACAGACCAACUGACACAACAGACUGACACCCAACAGCAUGAACUAACCCCAAUGCAAAGGAAAAGGUGGCUUACCUGACACAAAGGAAACAAGCCGGACCCCUACAUAGGAGACGAAGCACCCUUGAUAGGGGACUGAGCCUGGCACGUAGAGACAUGGCACUGACCUUAGACAUACACAGACCCAGCGUUUCUCGCAGUGGACAAACUACGCAUUGGAAAUUCUGACAGGGGCUGACCUGCGUCUCACACAUAUAGUAAUGGCACUGAGUCUUUAACAGCUCCGGAGCCUGGCACAGGACUGACUCCUGAUAUGCUCCAGGUGGCCCCCAGUUUGACCUCACAGUGCCCUUCCCCAAUCAGUGCUGCAAACACCAACCUGCCUAAUCUCAUGCUUCCCAGACCCACGGCUGUUUGGUACUGCAAAGUCCCUUCAUUCCUUUCCAGUUAAAUACUAUGGCCCUGCCCCUCCUCCCUCACCCAACCUCUUCAAGAACUACUAAAUAUCUUGGCUUCCUCCUAAAUUUCCUUUUGGACUCUUUUGGGGCACACGAGGAGGCACAGGAUUGGGCGGAGUCCUCUCUAUUGGAUCCCUCCCCCUGCUGCUCACUCCUGUGCAUGACCCCCUGCCAAAAAGUCCAUGGUCUGAGGCUAGAUGAGGCUGUGUGAACUCUCUCUGGGUGGUCAUCCCAGACAUUGUGUCGGACAUUGUAGCUCGGAAUGGGAGUGGGGGUGGGAGGUGGGAUAUCCAUGACACAUCACAAUUCUUGAGCACAUUGUCCUAAAGUGAUGCCCUUAUUAAGGUACUUUAUUAAUAGAUGCUUAUUAAAAUUUUAAUGACAAGUGGAAGCACUGUAUGAUAAGACUCAGUUUAUUCGAUGUGUGUUGGAA